AUGUCGCCGAUGAGCAACCCCACCAGCUUCGAUCACAGCUACGAGCUCCUUCUGCGGCGAAACCUCCUGCUUCUGCUCGACCUCCUCGGCCUCAUCCGCUUCAUCGCCGGGGUGCUCCUGGAACGCCUCGGCGUCGCGCCGUACCAGGGCGAGGUGCAUCUGCCAGGACAGCCUUGGGGCGGAGAGCAUGCCAGCGAUGCCACUUUGGAACGCUUCCUGGAGGCGAGGUUGUGGGAGACCGGGACGCGGUCGCUCACGGCAACGCGGUACAGGCGGCGGCGGGUUGCGCAGCCGGCGGACGACAAGAUGGCCGCAGAAGGCGACGCCGAGGGCGCGGCGGCCGUUUGCGCGAUUUGCUUGGCGGGGCUGGAAUCGGGAGGUUUCCAGACGGUCGUGGAGCUGUGCGGCUGCUCGCACGCGUUCCACGCCGCGUGCAUCGAUGCUUGGGUCGGCAGUGGCGACGAUGCGGCAACCUGCCCGCUGUGCCGCGCGCCCAUGUGGGACGACGACGGGCAGAGUUUGUCCCGCGCUCGCCCCGGUGGCUGA